UAUAUUAGGUAUUUAUCGAAGAAAGUUCAUCAUGCUGGAUCUGCCGAAAAUCUUAAAUUGGCGGAUUACGUUAAGAGUCAAUGGGAAUCUGCCAGCUUUGAUGAUGUACGAUUUCAAAAAUACCGAGCCUUACUAUCUUAUCCAGAUUCUAAGAACCCAAAUGUUGUUGGUAUGAAAGAUCAAAGUGGAACAUUUAGAUAUCGCGCUUCAAUGAAGGAGGAAAAGUUGCACCCUGAUGAAAAUGAUCCUGAACUUCUGGCUCCGUAUAAUGCUUACGCUGCAAAAGGCCUCGUAGAGGGCCAACUAAUCUAUGUCAAUUACGGCCGUUAUAGCGAUUUCGUAGCACUGCAAAAAUUAAAUAUUAGCUGUCGCGGUAAAAUUGCUAUUGUAAGAUAUGGUAGAAUGUUUCGUGGUGACAAGCCAAAAAUUGGGCAAAUGUUUGGCUGCAUUGGUAUGAUCAUUUACAAUGAUCCUGCGGAUAGCGCUCCUGAAGGCUACGAAAAAUCAUAUCCAAACGAUUGGUACUUGCCUUAUAGUGGAGUACAGCGCGGUUCAGUAUCAACUCUGUUAGGAGAUCCCGAAACGCCUGGUCGGCCAUCUUUAGAUUCUGCAUAUAGGAAUUCCAAUUUAAGCGGUAUUGUUUCUAGCAUUCCAGUGCAACCUUUGAGUGCUAAAGAUGCUAUCUAUUUAUUGGAAUCUCUUGAUGGCCUUGAUGCACCGGCAGAAUGGCGAGGGAAGCUGCCCAUAAAAUAUAAAAUUGGCGGUUCCUUUAUAUCUAAUAUGUCUAAUUGGGUUGUCCAUUUGGCUGUUAAUAACGAAUUGGUCCAUAAAGAUAUUUACAAUGUUAUUGGUACAAUAAAGGGUCAGAUUGAACCAGAUCGUUAUGUUAUUGUUGGUAAUCAUCGAGAUGCAUGGAAUUUUGGUGCAAUUGAUCCUUCUAGUGCUACCGCUGUAAUGCUAGAAGUAUCAAGAAUUAUGGGAAUUCACCUAAAGCAAGGCUGGAGACCACGAAGAACGAUAAAAUUUUGUAGCUGGGAUGCAGAAGAGUUCGCUUUAAUUGGAUCUACAGAAUGGGUAGAAGAAAAUGCAAAAGAAUUAGCACAGAGGGCCGUAACUUAUAUUAAUGUUGACCUUGCUGUUAUAGGCAAUUACUCAUUUGCAGCGCAAGCUAGCCCAAUUUUUACUAAAGCCGUACAUGAAGCAGCAAAGCGAGUAAAAGACCCCAACGACUUAACGAAAUCGGUUUAUGAUAUUUGGUCUACAAGAUUUCCACUUCCAGGCACUCAAAAGCCAUUCAUGGGUCUCUUAGCUUCUGGAAGUGAUUACAAAAGUUUUAUUCAAUACGUGGGAAUUUCAUCAAUCAACUUUGCAUACGUCUUCAACUUUGUAACCUCGCCAUUAUCCAAUUAUCCUACCUAUCAUACGCGCUAUGAUACCUUCGACUAUAUCCAACGUACUUUAGAUCCCCAUUUUUCCUUUCAUGCCUCUAUCGGGCGUAUGAUGAUGCUGCUUACUGUAGAAUUUUCAGACUAUCCACUUUUACAUAUCAACACUAUCGAUUAUGCACAAACGAUCGGUAUGUAUUUUGCGCAGAUUUCGGCAGCCUAUAAACCUCUACUACAAAGUCAUGGAGUCACUUUAGAUUACUUACAAUGGGCUAUUGGAAACUUUACGGUCGCUUGCAGUCGAUUUGAUCAAAGCAUUCAGAAUAUUGACGUGAAUGAUGCUUUAAAGUUAAGAAGGAUUAAUGAUCAAUUAAUGUACCUGGAGAGGGCAUUUAUUAUUCCUGAAGGAUUACCGGGUAGAUCUUACGACAAACAUGUCAUUAUGGCAUCCAGUCAAAUCGAUCAAUAUAACGUUGCCCCCUUCCCAGGCAUUGUUGAUGCUCUAUUUAUUGGCCAAACUCAGAAUAAAUGGGAAGAAGCUAAAAUACAAGUUGCCAAUGCUGCAUAUUUGAUUCAUGCAGCAACUAAGACUUUGACUGUUAUAUAG